AUGAAGUUUACACACGCACUUGGAUUCCUCGGGCUUGGUGCCCUUUCCGUGCACGGGCAGGCCGCGCUCUACGCACAGUGCGGUGGCGAGACAUGGACGGGCGACACGACUUGCGUCUCCGGUGCUACCUGCGAGUACCAGAACGAUUACUACUCUCAGUGUGUACCCACUGCCGAUGCGUCUUCCACCGCUGCGACUGCGACGGCCUCUGCGACGCCCACUAGCACAUGCGGAGCAACGCCCCCUGCCUCCGCCGGCAAGUUGACGUACGCUGGUGUCAACAUCGCUGGAUUCGAUUUCGGCAUGGACACGUCCGGCGAUGACACCGCGAGUUCGGCGUACCCGCCUCUGACGCAGUAUUACGGCGCGGAUGGCGCAGGCCAGAUGACGCACUUCGUCAACGACGAUAAAUACAACAUCUUCCGCCUCCCCGUCAGCUGGCAGUUCCUCACGAACAACGUGAUCACCGGCACGCUCAACGAGACCAACUUCGCCGAAUAUGACGCGCUUGUCCAGGCGUGUCUGACUACGGGCGCGAGCUGCAUUAUUGAUCUUCACAACUACGCUCGUUGGGAUGGUGACAUCAUUGGUCAAGGAGGUCCCUCCAACGAGGUGUUUGCCGAGCUCUGGGGAAACCUGGCGGCUUAUUACGCCACCGAGUCCAAGAUUCUAUUCGGCGUCAUGAACGAGCCCCACGACUUGCCCAACAUUACUCUCUGGGCUGAGACUGUCCAGGCUGCGGUGACUGCCAUUCGUCAGGCCGGUGCCACAACCCAGUACAUCCUUCUCCCCGGUGACAACUACACUUCCGCUGAGACUUUCGUGUCCGGCGGAUCUGCUGCUGCUCUCGCGGCAGUGACCAACCCCGACGGCGGCAUCACCGGCCUGAUCAUGGACGUCCAUAAAUACCUUGACUCCGACAACUCUGGCACGAGUGACACUUGUGUGACGAACAACAUCGACGAUGCCUGGGAGCCGCUCUCGCAGUGGCUGCGCUGCAACGGCCGCCAGGCGCUCAAUACCGAAACGGGUGGAGGCAACACCGCGUCGUGCGAAGAGUAUAUCUGCGAGCAAGUCGACUACCAGGCGGAGAACUCGGAUGUGAUCCUCGGCUACGUCGGCUGGGCCGCUGGUAACUUCGCCACUGACUACGUGCUGAGCGAGACUCCGACCGACACUAACGGAACCUGGACCGAUCAGGUCCUAGUGUCGACGUGCCUGUCGCCCGCUGCGAACGGUGUGGUUGCUUGA